AUGAAAAUAUUGGUGUUCGCUGUAGCCGCUCUAGUUGCGGCAACUGCGGCUCGUCCCGACGGAAUAUAUCCAAGUAAUGUAGUAACUGUACCACCUAAUUGCCCACCAGGUCAAGAAUGGAUCAAUGGAAAAUGCCGCGAAAUAUGGAUACUUGCUAACGCUCAAUCGGAUGAUGAAAGUAUAUCUCCUCAAAAUACGAUAGUAGUACCACCAAACUGCGGGCCUGGUCAGAAACUCAUAAAUGGGGUUUGUAGAGAUAUCUGGAGAUUAAAGGAAGCACAACAAUUAUCGGAAAUCACAAACCCCGAGCAAUCAAAACUCUGGUCCUCACUGUUCAACAUGUUGAAAUCCAUGGAAGAAAGAUUAAAGCGGCAAACCGAAGAAAAUGAAAGCACUGUGGAAGAGUUCGGAGUUAAGAAUAUAAUUACUGUACCUAAUCAGUGCCCAGCUGGGUAUAGGCCAGACGCACUUGGCUAUUGUCGCGAAAUCUUUGUCUAA